AUGCAGGUGAUAGCCAGCAGCAUUUCAUCCAACUCCAGCUACGCCCAGGUCCAAGACCUAGAGCCAGAUCUAGAGACAGGUCUAUACGACCCCCCAAUCUCGCAGCCCUCCAAUCCAAACCCUCUAUCCCACGAGACCUCUCCCGCAAACGAAUCCCUACCCGAGCAACCUACACCCCCUACAACCCCAAACAUCGAGCAGCUGUCCCUAGCCUCGCCCGAGCCCGAAGCCAGACCCGUCCGUCCACGCAUCUUCGUCCCAGGCCUUCGACGGUCCCUCCCCAGCAAGGAAAAUAUGCUUACCGUAUCCAUGUGCAUCGCCAGACUCCUCGCGGUUAUAUUCGGCUUGAUUGCGGUGGCAACGCUGUGCGGUAUCCUUGUUGGGCCUGUGGUGGUUCUUGUUAGCUUGGUCGUGCAAUGGGCUUGGAGGCUUAUGGGUGUCCCGGUAUCUCCGGAUUCUGGAGCGGGGGGUAGUUAA